ACUACGCAAGCGACUUCGUCUUUGAUCACCGUGUGUUUUAUUACAAUUUUUCCUCUAAAAGCAAGGGAUUUCGGGUGCUUUAAGUAUGUGAAAUCAUUGUUGGAUUCGUCGUUUAUCAUAAAAUAGUGUAUUUUGUAAGUUCACGCUAUUCAAUUAACCAACGUAACGAUCUGCGUUCGGGUUGGCAGCCAUUGAUUACUAGAAGGGCACGCCAUUUUUGUUCAUCUACAUUCAGUGUGUAUCCCAAAGAAUCGUAGCGAUUUUCUGUGAAUUCUAGUUGAAAUUAUCGGAAAUUGAUCGAGAACAUCAGGACCAAGAAUUGCAGCUUUGGGAAAUGCCCUGAAUAUAAAGAACCCAUAAAUAACAAUGGCCCAGUACUUUGAAGUGUUAAGUACAAAUGAGAAUAGUACAGAUUCUCAAAGGCAGUUUUUUAGUGGUCAGGAAAAUGCUGUUAGAUACAUUUUAGCCGAUGAGGGUCAUCAGCAAUUUGCUGCAGGUCAGCAGGUAAUGGUGUUAAACCACUCGGGAGGCUCCCAGCAACUCCAAGGGGUGGUAAUCGAUCAGCGACCACUCAGUAACCGUAUAUACCACCAAACCAACUCUAACCAAACACAAUUCGUUUCCGAGGUCGGCAAUAUGAAUAACCAACAGAUUUUUUACAUGGAAACCAAUAGUCAACCGGAACAGUCUUCACAAGCCGUCAUUGAACACACUUCGAUUCAGGUACCAAGAAGCAAUUCUCAGCCCCAACCGAUCGUUCUGAACCAUCAAUUGGGUUCGAGUAAUGCCACACCAGCGCCUAAUCGUCAAGUGAUACCAGGAGCUCCACAACAGAGACCGGUAUUGCAUAUAAGACCUCCCUUGAGGGCGGAACACGGUAUUUCGCUGCAACGUGGUCCCGGGGGCAUUAUAAGGCAGUCCGUAAGGCCUCCGGACCAGUCCACACCGAUUAAAAAGACUAUGGGGGCAAUCGGAGCCGGUUCGAUUCAGAUGCGGUUGAAGACGUCUUCGGUUUUACAGAGGCAACAGAUUCAGCAGCAACAAGUGAGCUCGAGUCCUCCGCCUCUCUCACAAAUGCCAAACAAAAUUUCUCAAACGCUCAGCAAGUAUCAGCAACAGAAGCAACUGAUGCAUCAAAAACAGCAACAACAACAACAACAAGAGUUACAACAGCGAUUACAUCAGGGACCGAUAAGACGAGUGAUGAUUGGUCAGCAAGGAAUCGGGACGUCUUCUUCAACGCAACAGGGGCUGGCAAGGGUUUUAGGGAGCGAAUUCAAUCAGCAGAAAGUUCAAGAGGAUGAGCUGGACGACCACGAUCCGUCAAUGAACCAAACUCCUGGACAAAUGGUCAGCUUCAAGAAAAUGCUGGAACAGAGACAGCAAAUUGGAAAAAACCCUAUUUUAGCCAGGUUACCAAGCCAAAUAAAAAUAACCACCUCGGCAACAACCGCCACAAAUAAUCAACCGAACGACCCUCCGCAAUCGUGUCUAAUUACGCAAACUAUCGAGCAAGUGGUGCAGCACGGAGGAAAUCAGGACAAUCAGCAGGUUAUUAUCGCUAAUCAGCAGCAACAAACCAGCGUAGGAGGGCCGUCAGUAAAUCAGCCAAACGCCCCCGUCAUCAAUAUGGCUGCGGCGCAGCUACAGGCGCAGAAGAAGCCGAGAAGUUCGCCGAAACCGAAAAGUCUGCUCAACAUGCCCCGCCCAGGGGGCGGCGGCGGCGGCGGUAGAAAGGGCGGCAAAGUUGCCGCCCAAGCACUUUCGAACUUCGGACCGAGGUCAGCUGUGCCCCAGCAACCCGGUCCUGGCCCUCGAUUUGCCAUGAAUCAACGGAACUUUACGAAUAAUAGUCAGCCGAUGCCGGGAAUACCACCACAACAGCCUUCAAUGUCUCAACAACCUCCUCACCAUAAUCCUUCUACGUCGUUGCCUCAGCAGCAACAACAACCUCCGGUACAGCCUCAAUCCACUCAAAACGGGAGUCAAUUACCCCAAAACCUCCCGAUGCAAAUGAAACCUUCGCAAAUGAACUACGUGAUCAAACCUCCGACGCCUGAUCGGCCGCGACAACAGAACCCUCUGCCUUCUUACAUACCGAGUAGUCAGAUACAACAGAUCAUAGGUAUGUUCCAAGAAAACGUCCCGAUUCCCGAAGAGUACUCGGAUUCGAUACGGAUGUUGGUCCUCUUAGAAAACGGCGAGCAACGUUUGAUAACGUUCACGCUUCCGAAGGAGGCGUGCACAAUCCAAGAGAUUCUGGAGCAGGUCAGCGUCCCAUUUACCCCGGAAACGAAUAUACAGGUGACCGAAGCGAACACCAACGGGAUCAAUUAUAUUGUCACGGUGGGAAAUGUACAGAAUUUCUUUUCUGGUAAUGCGUCCAGCAAUGAGCAGCAGCAGCAGCAAAAGUCGCAGCAGUCGCAAAAAGCUGAAGCUCCUGAGGUGCAAGGGGACAAAAGUGCUUUGUCUGUCCAACCGAACAAGCCCAAUCCACCAUUUAAUCAAUUAAACCAGAGUCCGAUCGCCCCUACGCCACUGGUGGAACCUAAACCGCCCACCCCCGAACCCCCUCGCUAUAUCCCGGGAAAAUUAGCGGUUUGCUCUUAUUGCGGUUAUUCUAGCGAAGAUUUUAAUAAAUGCUCCAGAUGUAUAAGAAAAUUGCCGGAUAAUGUGAAAACAUUGGACGCCCCCUUUAAGUCUAGAGAACGGGGAGGAUCGCUCGAUGUUAAUCAUAAACCGGCGAUGUCCACGAUGAAAACUAACAAUCUGCCAAACGUUGCCGCCAGUGGGAUAACUAAUUUACUUAAAGGGGAUCCAGUUCCAAAAACUGCGUCGCCCCUAAAGAAAAAAGUGACCAAACCAAAAUUAGUCGAGCCAGAAUCUUUUGUAAUUAGUUCCGACGAGGAGGGUGAUGAAAAAGCGCCAGUGCGUAGCGUGAGCGAACAAUUGUUGACCAAACUAGGUUCCUCGAUUUCCAUAUCGCCGGUUACCAAGGAACCCUCCUUGAACGACAUUAAGAAGCACGUGAGGAAAAUUUCUAUGGAACCCUUGAAAAAUUACAAAGUUUCGAUCAAAUGUCGCACAGUGAGGAUCGGUUCGUACAGGUUUACGCCCAUUGGUGAUGUGGUGCUGGACUCGAAAUGCUUAAUACUAAAAGCUCCGGUGCUGAACAAUAAAUCAGAAAUCAAAACUAUCAGGAUAGACAGGGGGGACAUGGUCAAAGUGCUCGUAUCCUAUACAGAAGAGAUGCCUGUGAUAUUUUAUUAUUUAAACGUCGGUGCCGCACCAUUAAUACGCGACAUGCUGAACUUAAAGAAGCAGGACAACAUUUAUUUCGACCCCGUCGAUGAAAAAGAGGAGUGCUAUAAAAGAAUAACAUUGUUGCCCGACGAUGAUUUGAGGGAAUAUAGAGUUCUUAUUAACCACUUGUAUGGUAUCGGCCCUAAUAACAUUAUGGAGGAGUUAAAUGAGAAGGAGGCCAAUGAAAUUUUGCUGAAGGCAUGUCCUAAUCCGAAUCCGAUUUCUUUGGGUUCUACAAGCGAAGUGAAAGAAAUCCUUAUGUACCCUAAAGAAGGCCAGGGUAGAUUAUCUAUAAGCACAGAAGACUAUGCAUGCCUAGCGGUUGACCAAUUUUUAAAUGACAUAAUAAUUGACUUCUACCUAAAGUACUUGUGGGAAAACAUGGACCCAGAACAAGCUAAAAAAGUGCACAUUUUCUCCACGUUCUUUUACAAAAGGCUGACCACGAAGCCCGGAAAAGCUCAUAAGUUGAAAUCUCACCCAUACGAACUGGACGCAAACCUAACGGCCGCUGAAAAACGCCACUUAAGAGUUAAAAACUGGACCAAGAAAGUGAAUUUAUUUGAAAAAGACUACGUCAUCAUACCGAUCAAUGAGAACUCUCACUGGUUUUUGGCGAUAGUCUGCUUCCCCGGCCUGUCGGGCCCUCAAACUUUCGACGGGAAACCUUAUAAUCCCGAUCCGGUAAUGAAAAAAUCCAAAAACUCCAAAAAAGGUGUUAAAAAAGAAAAACCGAUCCCGUGCGACGAUCCAAUGUUGAGUGACAAAGACGAAGCGGAUAGUGAAGACUCCGAUAUGGAAUCGGACGAAUCGGAGGAAUCUUCAGCGGCUGCUUUGGCCGCUGCGGUGGCAGCACCUGCUGUCGUAACUCCAUUGACUCCCCCGGUGUCUGUUUCUUCACCUGCCAAGAGUGGAAAAGGCACUCCUAGGCAGCCCAUUAAACAGCCGUGCAUCCUGAUUUUCGAUUCGCUGGCUGGACCGAGUAGGGCACGAGUCGUCGCCACCUUACGCGAUUACCUCACCUGCGAAUUCAAAACGAAAAUGGAAUCCGAACGGGUUUUUAAUCGGGACGUUAUCAAGGGUUCGCACUGUAAAGUACCACAACAAAACAAUUUUACCGAUUGCGGUUUGUACGUGUUACAAUACGUCGAGCAGUUCUUUAAAGAUCCCAUUAAGGAUUACAAUAUACCGAUUAAGGGAAUCGACAAGUGGUUCGAGGAGAUCGAGGUGACGAAGAAACGGGAGGAUCUCGCGAAUCUGAUUAAAGAUCUGAUGGAGGAGAGCGGAGCGGACGUGAAGGUUUUGCCCGAUAUUAUGUUGCCUACGUAUAAAGGAAAACUAAUCGAUCGUCCUUCAGUAGCCGAGCAGCAUAACGAAGAGGACGACCACGCGGCGGACGACGACAUGUUUACCGACAUCGAAGAUUCCGAACUAACCGACACCUCGCUCGCCCAAGAAAACGGCACCACGAAACUGUCGGAAUCGAGUAAAAUGGACGAGGAAUCGGAGUCGGGCGACGAGAACUCGCCCGACGACUCGUACGUCACGUCGCCGGUGAAACCGUCGGACAGUAGCGUGGGCGAGAGCGGUGACAUCGCGACCACGCCCUCCGGCAGUCUGAAGCCGACUUUGAGCGAGUUUCCGCGACAAACCACCGACAAAGACACCCUGAACUAUUUGAAAUCGAAGCGGAUCGUGAAGAAUAAAAUGUGCGGGGCAGAGGGUUUGCCCGCGUUCAAACGUUCCAAGUCGGAUUAAUGAGACUGAGUGAAACGAAAGUGAUUGAUGCACACUUUAAGAGGAAAAUCAGAAUGUUUAUUAUUAUUAUAAUACGGUUGAUAGACGUGUUAAUACGAAGGAGGAGGGUGUAAAUGAAUAUUUCUGUUUUUGCCGCCUCCCUUUAUAGGCAUCAAAGUGAUAUAAUUAUUGUUAAGUUAAAAAUAAUUUUAUUUGUUAACUACUGGGUACAGUCGAUUUGGCGUUUGACAUUUUUAAGAAAAAAUGCAUAUGUGGCGUUGUUUUUGGUCGUUUAAAGUCGAAAAUGUGGACAGGGUCUUUUCCCAUAUAUUGACAAAGUAAACAAAAAAAAUUUAUACAAAAUUUAAUUUUUGAAUCCGAUAUCAAAUUUUUGACAAAUUUUUUCUUAUAGAACCCCCUAUACAGGGUGGUCCAGUUUAAACGUCAUUAAUUUUAAUACGUGAUAUAGAAUUUAAAAAGAUAUAGACUUUCAUCAUAAAUUUUUUCUCAGAAAUGUUUAAUAACAAAGAUACGGGGUGUUAAAAUUAAGAAUGAUUAUUUGUUUACUUAUUAUAACUUCUAAACUUUUCAAAAAAAAUUGCCAGUGGCGUAACAUACGGAGAGACUUGGUUGGAAAAAAGUUACUCUUGCAAAAUUUUGAUUUAAGGCACUGUUUUUAAAAUAUCUUAAUUUGAUUGUUCAGAAAUACAGUAGUGGAAAAAAGUAGAGCAACAUUUGAAAAUACUUUAUUUUUUCAAGCAGCGAAUGUAAACCAGAAGUAAAAUUAAUUCCAGUAAUUUAUUAUUACACAAGCAAUUUAAUAUUAAGAAAAAAUAACAUGUUUCCUUGUCCUUAGUAUUUUUGUAUUAAAAAAUUAUUUUUUAGGUGGAAAAAAGUAAAGCAACAUUUUUUAAUAUUCGUUUUUAUUUCAUUUCUAAUAAAUAAAAAAAAACAUAAGUUAAUGUUUUGUAAAGUACCCGUACCUAAAAAUCAUCAUCUAAUAUUUUAUUUUAGCAACUUAUGAAAUGUUGCUCUACAUUUUUCCACUACUGUACCUGCAAAACUUUAUGAAAAAAAGGAAAUUGGGCUUUGAUUUCUAAAAAAGUUGAAUGUAAAAUAUGAUUAAAAGUUACCUUAAGUCAUUAUUUCAUUUGACAGGUUUAAUUUAAGAUUCAAGCCUAAUUUUCUCUUUUUUUUUCAAAGUUUUUGCAUCAAUUUAAUUGGCGUUUCUGUACAAUUACACUAGAUAUUUUAAAAACAGUGCCUUAAAUCAAAAUUUUGCAAGAGUUACUUUUUUCCACCGCCUACCUAGAUCUUCAAUAUUUAAUUUUUUUAAUGUUUGGAGCCCAAUACGUCUGUCAAAAUUUGACAUUUCUAAAAGAGAAAAAAUGUUGACCUCGGAUUCAAAUAUUUUAAGUAAAACCCAGUGGCGGCUCGUGGGUCAAUUUUCAGGGGGGUCAUUUUGGUUUGAAAACUUAGUUUAAUCUCUAAUAAAAAAAAAACAAAUCAAACUAUUGAUUUUUUAAAGUAUUUGAAAGAUCUUUUAGCAUUUACAGUUAUGGUCAUAUAAAUAGCACACUUUUCUAAAUUGCGAUAAAAAAUAUUAAAUACCAUUUUCUAUUUUUUUUAUAAUAUAUUUAGCUUAGAUGUUCUACAAAGAGUUGUAUUUAAUUAAAAUUAAAAGAGUAUUUUAAAUAUAUAAGAAACAUAACAAAAAAACUAAAGAAAUGCUGGCCAUUUAAAUAGCACACUUAAAAAAUAUUGACUUUCACCAAAACCAAUUUAAUGUUUUGUUGGGUAUCCUUUAUAUUUUAUAACUUCACUUAAUCGCUUGGGUAUUGACUCCACCAAUUUUGCACACACGCUUGCCGGAAUACUGUUCCAAGCCUCUUCGAAGUUUUGCCAUAGUUUAUCCAGAUUUGAGGGAUUUAAUACCUUAAUUUUGGUUUUAACGUGAUCCCACAAAUUUUCCAGAGGGUUCAGGUCUGGGCUUUGUGGCGGCCAUUCCAAAACAUCUACCAUAUUUUUAGUAAACCAUCGUUUUAUUGAUUUUUCAGAAUGUUUUGGAUCAUUAUCGUGCAUGAACUUACAUGUAAUUGGCAUAAAAUGCUCCAUGUAUGGUUCCAUAACAUUCUGCAAAAUCUCCCUAUACUUGUAUUGGUCCAUUAUUCCCUCUAUACGAUGAAUAGGUCCAACACCAUGCCAUGACAUUGCUCCCCAUAUCAUAAUUGAUCCUCCUCCAUGCUUAACAGUUUUAAUUGUGUACCUAGGGUUUAAGGCAUGAUUGGGAGGACGUCUAACAUAGCAUUUUCCAUCAUUUCCAAAUCUAUUAAUCUUGGUUUCAUCGCUCCAUAAUAUGGUUUUCAAAAAAUUAAUGUCCUUAUUUAUAUGUUGUUUAGCAAAUGCCAAUCUUUUUUUAAUAUUUCUUUUUGAAACAAGUGGUUUUUUCCUAGCUACACAACCUUUGAGAUCUUUUUCACAUAAUCUUCUUCUUAUUGUUCUUGCAGAAAUAUUGACGCCAUAUUGGUCUGCUAUUUCACGUUUUAUUUGGGCGGAACUUAAAAAUGGAUUACCCUUGCUUAUUCUAAUAAUAAUUUUAUCCAUGUUAUACGUGGUUUUUCGAGGCCUUGUUAAUCUUUUCUUGUUCAUUGUGCUUUGAGUGGUCUCAUAGAGAGCCAGAGCAUUAUAAACCAUUUUCCUAGAGCAAUUUAAAUCUUUUGCUAUAGCAGAAAUAGAAAAGCCUCGAUUUUUCUUUUCUAUAAUAAGAGCUCUCCUCUCUGGUCCACAAUGUUUCUUUCUACCCACUAAAAACAAAACUACUCUUGACAAUAUUCAAAAAUUUAAAAGUUAAAAUAAUACUUACUAAUUAACACUCGAUAUAUUUAAUAAGAAUGAAAGGUGUGCUAUUUAUGUGUCCAGCCUUAAAACGUUAAUAUUGGAAUGAAAUUCUGUAUGUGCAUAUAUUUUUAAAAUAAACAUAAAGUCUUGCAUAUUAGGAGGAGAUUAACUGCUUAAAUAUUUUCUUAUCAGUCAGGAAUUUGUUUUUUGUAAGUAAUAUAUGAAAAGGCUAAGUGUGCUAUUUAUGUGACCACAACUGUAUUUUCUUAAUAAGAAGUUUUCUUUUCUUUCUUCGUCUACUAGACGUUUUGUUUUCCUCAUCUUCAUCAGUGCCUUCAUUUUCCACUUCGGCUUCAACUAUUUCUUUGUCAGUAUUAUUUUCUUUGUUCAUAAAACUGAUAUCGUCUUCUGUCUCUGAUGGUGAAAAUUCGCUUUCGUCACUCUCUGUAGAAAUUUCAAAAUUGCCAUCAGUAUUUCUCUUAUUCAAUCCAAUAUCUGAAACUCCAACUUGAACCUUAGGUUUCUUGUUCUGCACGGGAGAGCUCGUAAAACCGUUUUCUUUAUUUUCCCCCAAAAUUUGCGCAUCAGUUGUAACCAAAGUAUUAGUAGAAUUUUCUUUAAAUGGUACAUUAUAAUCCAUACUUUCAUCAAGUUGCAAGUUAUCAUUGUUAAUAAAACUGACUAUUUCUUCAACAUUAUUAUUUGAAGCAUUUAUGUCUAUUUGGAUUUCUAUAUUAUCCUCAAAUAAUACAUCAUUUUGGAGUGCUUCAUGUAAUAGUCGAUUUGGAUCUUGUGUUUCAAUUUUUAGGAGUUCCAAUAUUUUACGUCCGCAUGACAUGGUAAGAACUAAAAAGAAAAGUGUGGUAUACGUCAAAUAUGGUAUACGUAAAUAAAAUUGAAAGAUUUAACAAAAAUUAAUGUAAAAUUGGAAAAUACAGUCUUCUCUACUAAUAUUGAAUUGGUAUUAAUCAAUAAAAUUAUUUUUGCCGACAUGUUUCGAACACAGAGGUGUUCAUCUUCAGGGCUAUAAUAAAGAAUCAAAAUUUUAUAAAUAAAAUGGAACAGAAUAAUAUAGCCCUGAAGAUGAACACCUCUGUGUGCGAAACAUGUAGGCAAAAAUAAUUUUAUUGAUUAAUAUCAAUUCAAUAUAAGUAGAGAAGACUGUAUUUUCAAUAAAACGCUACUGAAAGUAUGGGCUACUUCUUUAUUCUAAGAACUAAAAAUUAGAGUAUUUUUUGUCCUAAUAAACCUUUUCCAACCAUAACAACGACGAUUAAAAUGACCUAUGAGAAAAUCGUGUAUAUCCAUUAAACCAGUUUUUAGAAUAAAGUGUAUCUCCACACCCUGACAAAAUUUUAAUUUAUUUCCAAAUCAUUAGCGGCAUUGUUGAAGAAAAAGUAAAUAACUAAUGCAGAAACUUACCUUUUGUCACAAUUCUCACAAAUAAAUAAUUAAAUUAACUUUUUUCUUGGUAAAAACUUUCUACUGAGCUCCUACUACAUAACCUUGUUGAUAACGGUACUGUACGGACUUACACUUUUUUCCAUUCAAUCUAACCAACGCUGGAUUUGCACACAAUUCUAAAUACAAAAUACAGAAAUCUGCGCGUCCAAAUUAAUUUUAAAAUGUUGCUAGUAUAAAGAUUUAAGCGUUCUCUACAAGUUGGCACUAAAAUGUAAUUUUCUACAAAAAGUGGAGUUACACGGUUUUCUGGUUUCACCGACGAUAUGUUUUUCUACAGAAGAAUUAAUGCUAAAAGUCAUCAUCUAAUAUUUUAUUUUAGCAACUUAUUAAAUGUUGCUCUACAUUUUUCCACUACUGUACCUGCAAAAAUGUAUAAAAAAAAAGGAAAUCAGGCUUUGAUUUCUAAAAAAGUUGAAUGUAAAAUAUGAUUAAGUCAUUAUUUCAUUUGACAGAUUUAAUUUAAGAGUCAAGCCUAAUUUUCUUUUUUUUUCUCAAAGUUUUUGCAUCAAUUUAAUUGGCGUUUCUGUACAAUUACACUAGAUAUUUUAAAAACGGUGCCUUAAAUCAAAAUUUUGCGUUUUGAGUUCCUUUUUUUCCACCGGCUACCUAGAUCUUCAAUAUUUAAUUUUUUUAAUGUUUGGAGCCCGAUACGCCUGUCAAAAUUUGACAUUUCUAAAAGAGAAAAAAUGUUGACCUCGGAUUCAAAUAAUUUAAGUAAAACCCCAAAACCGUCUUAAAUCCUUUUUUUGUUUACUUUUUACUUAACCCUUGUAAAGGGGGGGUCAAUAUAUAGAGAAAGACCCUGUACAUUUGUCUUUUUUUUUCGGGGGGACUUUCUGGCUAAACCAUUGUACAAAAGAAAAAAUGAACGUAAUUAAAUGCUCUAAAAUUAUUCACCUCUUGGGAGGGAAGCUUUAUAUAACCAACGGGGACAAAAAUAGAGGGCGCCAAAGUCAGGAAAACAGUUCGUUUUUUAGUACUUUUUUUAAUGAAUUUUUUGGUACCCUCUAACUGGCUCCUAGAACAAUUGUAGGAAAUUUAAUUAUCGAAAUUUUUCGUUCUACAGUUUAGCCAAAAAAAAAAUCCCCAAAACUUCACCAAAAUGCUUAAUAGAUUGUACUAGAUAAUUAUCUCGUUAAUUUUUUAAAUAAAAAGUCCCUAUUUUUUUUUUA